AUGACGUCAUCCGCCCGAGCCCUCCUCGCUCGACUGGAAGUAUACCGAGACGCCACAGGGGAGCCGUCGCCGGUGCUGCCGCUACCGACAGGCGUCCUUCUUGCACGUCGUGCAGCCCGCAGCGAGCAGCGUGCGGCGGCAUUGCAGUCAGAGAACGACGAGCUGCGCGCGCAGUUGCUGCAGGUGCCACCGCCAUCAUCGUCGUCGUCGUAG